AUGCCAAAAUGUGGCACCACGGACCUGUUUGAUAAACUCAUGUGGCACCCUCAGCUCACUGAACAAUCUCAUAAAAAAGCUACCGAUUCUCAAAAGGAGUAUUUCUAUUGGUCAAGAUUAAGAAUUGGACGACAGGGAUGGUUUCUAGCGAAACCCCGAAAGGGCCCCAAACAAUUAUUUAGUCAGUUUUUAGCGGGCACAGGGUCAGAGAAAGUGAAGAAUAACAAAGAGGCAAGGAUAGUAGAUGGGACACCCUCUUUAUUGUGGGACUUGCGAGGAUGGGAGACUAGAUACCCGGGACUAGAUGAGCCCCCUUAUCACAAUGCAGACUUAAUUCAUGCUGUUGCUCCGGACGCUAAAAUAUUGGCUAUGGUUAGAAACCCUACUGAAAGACUGUAUUCAGAGUAUCUUUACUUUGGGCGUGGUGGAACUCCACAGAAAUUUCACCUCGAAGUUGUUGUGGAAUUAAGAAAAUUUAAUAGUUGCCUCGAGAAGAAAACACUUAAAAAUUGCUGUUACUCUUCAGAUCAUGGUCUCAAAUUGAGGGUUGCACUUGGGGUUUAUGUUUGCUUCAUCAGCGACUUUUUAGACGUAUUUGGGGGUAACCUUUUAACAGUAAGUUUGAAUGAAUAUCAUUUACAUCCGAUAGAAACUCUCACCAAAAUUUUUAAUCAUAUUGGUGUAACAAAACCAAAUUUAGAAGAUUUGGGGAAUUUUAUAGAAAAUUCUAAGACAAGCAAUGUGAACACAAUUGCAAAGUUGAGCAUUGGUAAUAUGCUUAAUGAAACUGCAAAGUUAUUGGAUGAAUUCUAUAGCCCUUAUAACUCCGAGCUAUCGAAGCUUUUAGGGGAUACCAAAUUUCUUUUUCGUUAA